UGUUUUAUGCAGAUGCGAAAUUUGUUAAGUAUGUGGACUGCAUCUUAGAUUAUCAACUCGAGGAUCUGCUGUAAGAUAUUUGUCCUAUGUAGUUUGUACUACAUGACUGGAUAUUCUUCUGCAUGGAGUUGUCUUGCAGUUGUGUAGUGUUAUGGUCUCUAGCCUCAUAGCAUAACUAAAUAACUUGUUAGCAUUCUUUAGCUAAAUGAACGUGUAUCGGUAGUAUAGCUAACCCGGCUUACUCCCAAGACUGGAUUCAUCCUUUCCGACCUGGAGGUGAUGGACAUUAUCAGAGACUGCUAUGUGAGUGACCAUUUGGAUCGUUCAACAGAGCCCGCUACUCCGGACUUUCCCGCCACUGCUUCCAUCUGGACCCGAGGGCUUGUGGCUACCUCACCAUUGGGUGGCUAUUGGGACCCUUUUGCCAUUUCUUUUGGACACACGGAGGAGGUGACGCUUCAGUCUCUGGACUACGAACUACUAAGUGAUGACUGGGAUUAUAUCAUGUCUGAAGUACAGGGAACACUGGAGUUUUCUGUAGAGCUGCACAAGUUUCACAAUGUGGAUCUCUUCCAAAGGGGGUUCUACCAGGUACGAGCAGGGCUGAAGGUCUCGCCUCGAGUGCCCCACAGGCUGAUAGCAACAACACCAGGAAAUACAGGAGAAUGCAGCUGCAGCUCUGCAGGGUCUUACGAUGGCACCGUGUUCAGCCGGAUAUUUCAGAUCCUUUACAGAAAUGAGGAGAUUGUGGUGAAUGACUGCAUGAUCUUCAAAGUCCACCUGCUUUUGGAAGGAGAAAGGGUGGAGGAAGCCUUGAGUGAGGUGGACUUUCAGUUGAAGCUGGACCUUCAUUUUACCGACAACGAGCAGCAGUUGACAGAGAUAGUGACCGUCCCGUUGAUCAGCAGUCGGACCCUCAGCCUCCACUUCCACCCGAGGAAAGGCCUCCAUCACCACGUCCCAGUCAUGUUCGACUAUUUCCACCUGUCUGUCAUUUCUGUCUCGAUACAUGCCUCACUGGUUGCCUUACAUCAGCCACUAAUCAGCUUUGCACGUACAGGGAAGGGCUCCUGGCUGGGGAAGGGCUCACCAGAAAGCACCAGCGACCCAUCUGCCAUGUCUUUAGACAACCUCGUGUUCGGAGCUGGCUACUGCAAGCCAGACAACUCUGAGGGAAGCUUUUAUGUACCCAGUGAAAACUGUCUGCAGAGAGCACAUACAUGGCACCGCAGACUCUGUCGCCUCCUGCUGGUGGCACACAGAGGCCUCCACACCUACUACGCUGCACUGAUGAAGGAAAUACCACCGCUCCAGCAGCCUCCAUUGGACUCAGAGAGGCUGCCUGUAGAAGAAACUCUAAAUCAGCUCACGAUAGAGUUGCAGUUGCAGGAAGGCCAUGAGAAGGUCGCAGAGCAGAUCAGCAGGGACGUGAAUCUGCUCUGCUCCCAGCUGGCUGCUCUGUGGAGCCGCUUCCUGGAGUCCACUGUGCUCAACCCCCACAUCCUCUCCUAUCUGGCCCAGGAGCACCACACCCUCAGGGUCAGGAGGUUCUCAGAGGCAUACUUCUUCACUGAACACCCCAAAGAGAUAUCUCUGACUUUUCAAGAGGAGCUAAUCAACAGACAUGGCCAGAUAGCUGCAGAGGUGCGUGGCUCAGACUACCUGAUCAGGAUGCCUCCUUUACCUGUUGAGUGCCUGGAAAUAGAUGGAGACUGGAACAGCCUGCCCAUCAUCUUUGAGGACAGAUAUGUUGAAUCUAAUCAAACAGAGUGGGUAUCACAUGUGCCAAUGCAUGCAACCACUGAUGAGCAGGCCAACUUAAAUCCUGCAAUCACUCCUGCCAGUCGAAUUCUCAAAAGAGGCCAGAGAGCCAAAUCACCAGCAAAACCCCAGGAUCCUGUGGACAGUGAUGACUGCAUGGACCUGCCAACAUAUGUCUCCCUUAUAGCAGAGAAGAGUAAGACUUGUACCAACAUCAGAAGAAUCCAGAGCCCUGUUUCUCCAGAGGACAGCAAUGAACUCUCUCAAGCAGAGGCAGAAAACUUUAAUGAACUAGCAGAGAAACAAGGCCGAGCUGGAGAGAACUGUAGUCCUGGUCUGAGGUACAUUACAGGUAAGCGCUGUGAUGCUGAUCCAUAUAGAAGAGAAGAGGUCCUGAUUCAGUCCCCAAACCACAAUCCUCUAAAUGACUGUAAUAACAGCAGUGAGGAGUCUCUUGCUCAACAUGUAACAGAGAAUACAAAGAGACACUGUGAUGUCAUCAGUGACACCAAUGCAAGAGAGAGUGAAAACAAUGAAGAGGAGUCUGACAUUGCAAUGCCAUUACAUCACUCCAUGGAUGACGUGAGUGAGGAUGUUCCUCUCAUCAGCCUACCCAGUGCCUAUAUCCACCCAGUUAUACCUUCCUUUCCCGGUGAUUUCAGAAAAGACAUGACUCACCGUGGAGGCCUGGUUGGCCCUAAGAUCAUGAAGCGCUCACCCUCAGUUAUUUCUGACUCAGGUAUCGAGAGUGAGCCCAGCUCAGUAGUGUGGCCCUUGGAAACUACACUGCAAGGCCAACCUCCUCUGGACUUCUCCAGUGAACAGGAGAUCCCACAGCAAAAAGUGUGUCGGGACCCAGUCCACCGCAGUUCUCUUGAAGGCCUUCAAAUGGAGAGUAAUGGAAGCCUUCCAAGUGGAGGUAUACAGGCCUCACUCACUUCCAUUAGCUCCCUCCCCUACGAGGAGGACCAGCAGCAGCUCAGCAAACUGACCAAGUCAGUCUCUGCGCCACAAAUAAGCAGUCCAGAAGAUACUGAGAAAGACCAUGUGCUGCUCAGUCAGGAAGCAGCUGCCAAAAGCUUAGUGCAACACCAGGAUUCAUGUAAAAUUACCUGCUCCUCUUUGAACAGCACUCUGGAUUCAGAGCAGUCUGAAUCAUCUCUAUUUGACAUGAGUUCAUCAACAAAUCUUGUUCUUAUUCCGACGGAAGGUAUUAACUCUGACAAGUCAAGCCCUUCACAAUUCCUGUCAGAGCCCUACACAGCAAAGUCAGUGUUAAGUAGCAUGUCUGAAGUGUUGCUUUUACAAAAGUCUGUAGAGAGCCCUCAUGUGAAGGAAAGUGCUCUUAUUAGCAGCCGGGAGGUGAAUAUGAACCAUCAAACAGACGUCAGAGUCAUAAACGCCUCAGUGGAGGAUGUGGAUCUUGUUGAACUGGAAGCAACGCCCUGUAGCUGUAGAAACAAACAAUGUGUGCAUAAAAGUGCAGCAAAUCAGAAGAGAAUUAACAGUGGAGAUGACUGCCAAAGUUUUCAUCAAACCAAACUGCUUGGUGUUGAGGAUGAGGAUCCGUCACGUACAUUUUUAGAACCUUCAGGGCUUCAACACUCUAAUGACCUUUCUAACAAUACCACCACAAUACAGAGGCCCAGUGACCUUGCUGGACUGACAGCCAAUGAUAUCACAUCAUCUGUUGACCUCAGUGGGAUAUUAUUUAAAGAGAAAGAACCUUUAGAUGGUCAGACUAAGCCCUCUAGGAUCCCCAACUCAGGGCUGGCCUUCAUGAAUAAGAAGAUGGUGGAGGUGGUGAACAUGUCAGUGUCCUGUGCCCCAACCUGUCUGCCAUUUUCCUCUGUUCUGAGAGACUCUCCAUCCAUUAGUGGAUUGUCCGCUCGCCAGGCUACCUCACCUAUAACCCAUCAGCCACUGGGCUCUUUUGGUGUCAUCUCUUCCUCUUCACUCAAUCUUCUGAAUAUGGAGGACGAAACCAAUGAACGAAUGCUAAAUUUCUACAAAGCCAAAGAGGAGCUGUUCAAUGAGUUGAGUUUUCAGGCCAGCUUGUACAGUAACCUUCCUCUCCUGGCAUCAGAUCUGCCCUACUUCCCUCCAGAGGAGGAGGAUGAGGAAUUUGAUGAUGGCAUACACCUUGUGGUGUGUGUCCAUGGGCUUGAUGGAAACAGUGCAGACCUUCGGCUGGUGAAAACUUUUAUUGAGUUAGGACUGCCAGGAUCCAGGCUUGACUUCCUCAUGUCUGAAAAGAACCAGACUGACACGUUUGCAGAUUUUGACACCAUGACAGACAGGUUGCUGGAUGAGAUCAUUCAGCAUAUCCAGCUGUACAACCUCACCAUAGGGAGGAUAAGCUUCAUCGGCCACUCUCUGGGGAACAUCAUCAUCCGCUCGGUGCUGACAAGGCCUCGCUUCCGCUGCUAUUUGUCCAAACUGCACACUUUUCUCUCUCUGUCAGGCCCACACUUGGGAACACUGUACAACAGCAGCACAUUGGUCAGCACAGGUCUGUGGUUAAUGCAGAAGCUGAAGAAAUCAGGAUCCUUGCUACAGCUCACUUUCAGGGAUCAUGCUGAUCCACGGAAAACAUUUCUCUAUCUCCUGAGUCAGAAACCAGGGCUCCAGUUCUUCAAGAACGUGGUGUUGGUGGCAUCUCCACAGGACCGCUACGUUCCUUUCCACUCUGCCAGAAUAGAGAUGUGCAAAACUGCUCUCAAAGACAGAACCACAGGGCCUGUGUACACCGAGAUGAUCAGCAACCUCCUGCAGCCAGUUGUGGAGGCUAAAGAGUGCCAGCUCAUUCGCCAGAAUGUGUUCCACGCUCUACCCAACACAGCCAACACCCUGAUAGGCCGUGCUGCCCACAUUGCAGUCUUGGACUCUGAGCUUUUCCUCGAGAAGUUCUUCCUAGUGGCAGGGCUCAGCUACUUCAAAUAACAGUCGUAGUACUGUAGGCUUGAGUGACACAUCUGAUUGGUUGCUGAUGGAGCUGAUUUGUAGGAUAAGAUGUUUCUAAUCUUCUCCUUGUACACUAGAUUUCAUGUAUAUUGUUAGCAGCUGUUAUAAAAGAUCAGUGUAUUGUGACUGUUUGCUAACUCAGAUUUCUGAGGCUGACAUGUAGCCAUGCAAACAAAACAUUGUACUACGUCUUUGACGAUUGCAGAUGUUUUGUGGGCCUUAUGAAUAACCUUUCCAGCCAGAACACUAACAGAUGCUAAUUGUGUCUAAUGCAUUUAAAUAUGUUCCCUUUAGGGUUGGUUUUGAACCUUCUCUGGCACUGGUUGAUUAAAAUCUUCUUUAAGGGUUACACCAAUGAUAGUCUUUCCCUGUCUUUAGAAACAAGGCAAUAGAUACAGUGUUUACUGUAUCUCCCUGAUUGUACAUGAAGUAUUUUGUUGUAAAAAACACAGGUGUUGCUUUAUGAAGAAAGGAAUAUAUUGUUUUCAAUAAUUUAUUUUUUAUCUGCUUAUGUAUCCACAGUGUAAAUAACCCAUUUAAAUGUGAUCUUAUGUGAUGAUUAUCAAAACCAUCAAAUGAAAAUCAGUUUAUAAAGAAUAUAAUGCAGGUGGCAGUGUUACGGUAUGUAGCCUAUACUUCACUAGUCUUCUUUUUAAUACAUUAAAUUUAUUUUAUAUAUAUAUAAUGUUUUUUUAAAUGCAUACCAGUUAACAUUAGGCCACAAUAUCAUGAGCAUUAAAAUGUCUUUCAUAUCCAGUGACUCUACCUAUUAGGUUAGCCUUUGCUUUUUACAGUAAUUGAUUAUUUAUCUGAUUACUUAAAAUGUUGACUAAAUUCAUACAGAUAAACUGAUCAUUCAUCAAGCCCUGCCCUCCUUACUUACUGUUGCUACAGUCAGUGUUUCCAGACUUGCAUGACACAGAUAUACUUUAUAGCAGCUAAAGUAACAUUCAAAUUUACUGCUGAUUUUAAACUAAGUUUCAGGAAAGAUAAUGCAAAUGAAUGCCUAUUUGGACCCGCUACUGUCAUGUUAGUAUUAGGAGCUGGUCCCAUUGAGAUAAAAAAGUCAGUGCUGCUAGUGUAAUUCUCUAGUUGGCAUUAAAACACUGCUGAAGAAAAGGGACCAUGAGCUGGCGUAGCUUAAAGGAUACCCGUUGAAUCUCAAAUGUGAGAUGUGAGAACUGGCUAGCUAUUGUAGGUAAUGAGUUGAAAACUAUUUCUGGCUGACUGCAUUACGUUGUGGAAAAAAAUAAGAGACUGUUAUUAUGUUCUAACAUGGGCCCUUUUGCACCACUUAGCUUACACAUGUUCCUGUUUUCAAACAGUUUACAUGUAGCCUACAGUAUAUAAGUACACUUGAAUGCAAAAAUGAAAAGGCCGUUAGGAUGAGAGCUCCAGGACAGACCCAAAUCAUUUGUACACUGAGGAAGUGCUACUGUAACCGCUAACCUCACAAACAAAUGCAACCUGUUAAUUAAUGAUGUGUGAUCCUUGUCCUUGGAAGUACCGCAGUAAGCUAGUUAGCUAGACAUGCUAAUGAUUGCAGCUUACAUUACAGCAGAUGAACAUACAUGAAAAUAAUGACUUACAUGGGGUUAGCGGUUUAGCAAAUGGUCAAUUCUUUAACUACCUAACUGUAUUGAUGUAAAAGCUUACAACAGGCUUAUGAAUUUGGCCAAUAGCUAAUACAUAAUACAGAUAAAGUGAGGGGGAAAAAACUACAUUAUCCAUGAGUAUACAAUAUAAUCCUAUGGUCUAAUGACCGUCACUUUCUUAAUGAGCUGUCACAGUUUAUAUAUCCUCUAUACAAGCAUGAUUUCAUAAGGCACCUUGAACUCAAUUAUUUUUUAAAUAGCAUAAAACCAGGGUGUCAUUGCUUUCAUCUUCUGGAAAACUGGAUGAUUUCAUUUAAUACAGACCUGCUGAUUUUUCCCUCACAUGUCAUUUUGUUGACAUCAAGAUCAGUAUGAUGCACAAUCAUAGCAGGGAAGCCACCACCGUAGCAGCCGCUGAUUGUGUUCUUCAAUAUCUCCAAUGCCUUGGUUUCUCAUCUGAUCAUCGAAAUCAGAACUCAGUUGUGCAAAUGACUUUUAUUUUUUCUCCACAACCUUUCCUUUGCUGUCACAUUUAAGUGUGACACAAGGGGUGUCAUUUUCUGUUGGACACUGUGAUGUCCAGUGAUGUUUACAUUCUAACAUCAGAGAACUGUUAUCACUAUUAUUGUAAACAGCUGUGCAUCUGCUGCAUAUGUAGUUAUGUACAUACAGAGAGCUAUAUUUAAUCUUUGCACUGGUUUGAUGGCAAGUGCACUUUAUUAACAACCUUGAAUCCUCCAUUAGCUUUGCAAAAUCUAAAAAGCUAUUGUUUCCCAUGAUUUCUUGUUCUUGUUGUUAUUGUUGCUGCUGUUGCUGGUGUUUUUUAAACAUACUGUUUCCAUAGAUCUGAAGACCAUAUUUCUUGUUGUAAAAACUGACCUUGGCUGUCUGUCUCAUCCAUUCAUUGUACUGUCUUCAAGGCGCGCUGUCUUGGAGAAAACCAAUGACUUUGCCAAGUGCCAUUUUUUGGGUGAAAGCUGUUGCUGUGGCACAGUAAACACUGUCACCAUGAUUGACUCUAAUCAAAUGGGCUCCUUCAGGACGCAGAGAUCGUUCUCAAAAAGCCGCUAAGGAAAGCCGUGUAAGCAAUCUGUAGAAGCUGCCAUGCAUCAUGCAUCAUUUCUCACCGACUCCCCCAACCCCCUCAGCACACACACACACAUGCUGUAUAUGGAUGAGGCUUUAGCUUGUUUGUGCUGAACACACAUGCAGAGGAAAAACAAUGUGUGUUUACCCAAAGGGGUCAGCGGGAUUCAGUGAAGGGGAAAAAGUGUUUGUGGUAUUGGGAUCAGCCCCUUCAAGGGAAAUGCAGCUCGGAAAUGGUUUUGAAGAUGAAUGGCUGUCCUGUGAAAGGUUGCACUUGAAGGUGUGGUAUUCGAUCAUAAGGAUUUGUGCUUUUACUUAGAUUAUGUUUAGCUGUAUUUAGUCUUUUAUGACUAAAAAUGUUUCUGUGUUAAGUGAAUGUCAAUGCUGCUGUCAUUCGUAAGUGAAUUCAGAGGUGAUCAAUAAAUCCAAUAGAUUCUUGCAAGUACUGUCAAACUUCAAAACUAGCUGACUUGAACCUUUAUGUAAGUGAUUGCCCUUUACUGAAAGUCCUAUUCAUGUGUUUUGUGUGUGUGUGUGUGUGUGUGUGUGUUUGUGUGUGAGAGAGACAGUGUGCGAAGGAUUGUGUCUAUGUAUAUGAAAGGAGGCGUGUUAUUGUCUGCUCAUUGCUGGAACCGGUGUUGGGCUUAUUACUCAGAAUAUGUAAUACAUUACUCAUUACACCUUACUCUUUUCAAAAAUGUAUAUUAUUACUUUAUUUAUUACUCCCUGUCAAAAGUAACACGUUAUUCUAAUCAUUACCUAACCUUACCUUUCCAUUACACCCCACAGAUUGGUAAUAUCCUGAAAAUGACUUUCUUUUUUUUUGGUGACUGGUAUUUUCCCAAGGAUUUGUCUGACAGAUGGAGAGUCAGUAGUGGAAGUGGGCAACAUUUCACUCACCACAUAUCCAGCCACAAGCUUUAUUAGUUCUUUGUUGCUUGUUGUAGCCUGCUGUCAGUGAUUAAAAUCCAGUUGUGGUUGUUUAGCCACUGAAGGGCUACAGCCAUCCUCCAUGGCUGCAGAGGGCUCAUCUUUGUUGGGGUGCAUUGCUACGAGCUUCCCAUUGUUGUGCUGUCUUAAUGUGUGUUUCAAGAGGAUUGAGGUCAGGUUUCUGCAGUGGAAAGAGUCUUACAGCUACCUGCACACAAUUUACAUUUUACAAUUAUGUUCUUAUCACCUUAUGUUCCCAUAAAAUCAAAGUAUUUGCAGCCACUGAAUGUAGGCACGCCCAUCUUCCAAGCUAGCUUACUGUUUAUGGUGCUGCUAAGUGUUAAAUGACGUGUAGUGAUGUGUGCACGUGUGACGACUAUUAAUAGUGAAUGUCAGAUUUCAAAUGAAUUUUAGCCAUUGUAACAAGUUGUUUUUGGAGGGAGUAACUAAUAUUAUUACUAAAAUUUUAUUUGCAACCUUUUACACUACUGGUUACUGGGGAAAGUAAUUCUAUUACAGUAAAGUGUUACGGCCCAUCCUUCAUGGAACAUCCUUCAUGUGUAUGUAAAAAUGUUUGCCACUGUGAGGAAUGUGUUUAUUUCAUUCUGCACCUCUGCUGAAUGUCUAACAUGUAAAGUACAGUAAAUACUCUUUCAUGUGUGCCAAUACUAUUACAAUAUUUUUCUAUGUUGCUGACUGUACUGUGUAUAUUCCUUAGUAGCUUGUGUUCGAUGUAAAAAUAUAAAUACAAAUAUAUAUAUAGCAUAGUAUUAUUAUAACAGAUUAGAUGUUAUAAUAAAAGUUUCUUUUGCAUAACUAUUUUGUUCACUGUGUUUAAGAUUUUUUUCCAAAUUCCUGUCAGCUUUAAAACACACUUAAAGAAGACCAGUUUUUAACCUAUAAUUAGUUUGUAAUAUUGGCCAGUACUUAGUGUUGUGCCAGUACUUUCAGCCUAGUUUAAAACCCCUUAAGCAUCCGUGAAUAUAAUGUAAUUCUUAAGUCUUAACUUUGAUGACAUCAUCGUUUUAGUUUUUUUUUUUUUUUUUUACUGUAGAAAGCUCCCUGCAGAGCUACAGAGGACAUUAUGUCAGUGUGAACAUAGGCUGAAUUCUACAGUAAUAAUCCUCAUGACCAGGAAAUGUGAACUUCAUGUACAAAGUCAAUGCGGUGCUACUUAAACUUUUGCACUAAUCAGCUAGAGAGGUUACAGGCAAUUGCUCCUGGCUAUUUACAAUUACAUGAAUAUACUUUGAGAUGUGUUAGCUUAGCUUGAGCAGAACAGCUAACAAUAUGCAGCAGGAGGGAUGUCAUAAGUAAACA